AUGACAAAACCUGCAAAAGUCAAAGAGUUGGCUGCCGGUGACUACGAAAGCGAGUGUUCGAUUGGGACGAGCUUUCGCAGAGCCCCGCUUGACACGUCGCACAUUCCUGACGAAAUCAAUUCGCUUUUUUCUAACUUCGAUUCUGUGGCAGAAUUCUGCCUAACCUCAUUCUCGGCUUGUUUUCGAUCUGACGAAGUCGAGAAAGACAGAAUGACCUUGAGAAGGAGACUCAUCGAGUUGCAAUGGUUUCUUCGUAUGAGGUUAGGUCGAUUUAUCUUCCUUGCGCUGGGUUUAUUCGCCGUCAUUUUUGUGAUUACGCGCCUCCAGGAUCGUCGUAAGGUCUUUUCUCCUGAGAAAGAAGCCGUUGUGCCUCUCCCGGAAGCGUGGAAAUCUACCGAGCUUGCCGGAGGUGUUGAUCCUAACACUGUUUUCGUGAACGAUGAACUUGGAAAUUAUGAACCAAAGAAGCCUGAGGUGCCGUCUAGUCAGCCAGGGGAAGGUGGUGAACCCGUACACGUAACAGACGAGGAAGGUAUGGCGGAAUCGAAAAGGGCUGAAGAAGAAUACGGUUUCAAUACUUACGUGAGCGACAUGAUCUCUCUCAAUCGUACAAUACCGGACAUAAGAAUGGAAGAGUGUAAGCACUGGAAUUAUCCCGAAACUCUGCCGACUGUCUCCGUUGUUAUUGUUUUUCACAAUGAAGGGUGGACGCCCUUGCUAAGAACUGUACAUUCUGUUUUGCUUCGGUCACCGCCACAGCUCAUCAAGGAGAUCGUUAUGGUUGAUGACUAUUCAAGUAAAGAGCAUCUGAAAGAGAAAUUAGAUAAAUACGUCAAAAGAUUCAAUGGAAAGGUUCGUCUUGUGCGCACCGAAGAUCGGGAAGGACUGAUUCGUGCUCGUACGAUAGGUGCGAAGCAUGCUACUGCAGACGUAGUCAUCUUUCUUGAUGCACACUGUGAAGUUAAUACAAAUUGGUUACCUCCACUUCUGGCACCUAUCAAACAUAACAGGCGUGUAAUGACAGUCCCGGUCAUCGAUGGCAUUGACGCGAAUACAUGGGAAUAUCGCAGUGUUUAUGGCCAAGCAGACCGCCAUUUCAGUGGAAUUUUCGAAUGGGGACUUCUCUACAAAGAAACCGCAAUUUCUGCAAAAGAAAGGGAGAGCCGACCACACAACAGCAUGCCCUUCCGUUCACCCACUCAUGCUGGAGGUCUUUUUGCAAUCGACCGCCUAUGGUUCCAAGAGCUGGGAUACUAUGAUGAAGGUCUGCAAAUCUGGGGUGGUGAGCAGUACGAGCUUAGUUUCAAGAUCUGGCAGUGUGGUGGAGGAAUUUUGUUCGUGCCUUGUUCUCAUGUUGGCCAUGUAUACAGAUCUCAUAUGCCGUAUACAUUUGGCAAACUUUCAGGAAAACCAAUCAUUUCGACGAAUAUGAUGCGUGUAAUCAAAACAUGGAUGGAUGAGUACGAUCAGUAUUACUUUAUUCGCGAACCUCAAGCACAAAAGAUUGAUCCUGGCGACAUAACAGCUCAAUUAGCUCUUCGAGAGAGAUUACACUGCAAAUCAUUCAAGUGGUAUAUGGACAAUGUUGCAUACGAUGUGUUGCCUAGCUAUCCGCUUCUACCGAAAAACAAAGUUUGGGGGGAAGCACGAAAUCCACAUACAGGCAAGUGCUUGGAUCGUAUGGGAGGGAUUCCCGGGCCAUUGGGUGUAAGUGGAUGUCAUGGUUAUGGAGGCAACCAGCUUCUUCGAUUGAACCUGGAAGGUCAACUAGCACAAGGUGAAUGGUGUCUGACACCAAAACGCUCUGGCGUUGAAGCUAAUCACUGUAGAAAAGGAACAGUAAAUGGACCUUGGGCUUACGACGAGGAAACACGGCAAAUCGUCUACACUAAGUCGCGGACCUGUCUCACAGUAGACGCCCCAAAACCAGGAGAUCUCAUGGAAAGAAUUUUACCAGUGAAGUCUCUUUACAUGACUCCUUAUUUAAACGCACUUAUAUCAGGCGUCAUGCUCUCAUCAUAAUCUCAUCUGUUCUGGAAAUGAAAUACUUCCUCACAAGAGCUCUACUUUUUGUGGCAUUCAUCUUUCUUAUAGUGCGAAUGAGCAAAUAAUUGUUCUUUGUGUCUUAUUUCUAUGCUCUUGUCAUAUAAGGUUGUAUUGGAACUUUACUGGUAUCAUGGCUGUUAUCAUAUGGGGUCUUGUUGCAUCAUUUUUUAGUCAUUGCCUUCUGUGUUAUUGCAAUUGUGAUCAAACCUCUAUAGUAUACUACGGGGGCUUUCGUCUAAUCUAAUAAAAUAGGUUGCUUGUGUGA